AUGCAGCUGCAAACCACACUCCUGGUCAUCUGUCUGCUGAGCACCAGCUUCGCUCUGCCAGUGCAGAUUGGAAUUAUUGCAAGCAAUAGCAAUGAGAUCCUGAGACUCAAUGGAUUAACUCUUGCAGCUCUUGCACAAGCACAGGCCUCAUCGUUACUACCACAGUACGUGCUGCAGCAGCAACAGCCUGAGGUGCUGCUCACCCCACAGGUGCUGAACCUGAACCCCCAGGUGGCAGGUCCUUUUGGUCCCCAGGGGCCCCAGCUGCUUCUCCCGAACCAAGGCAACCAGCUGACACCUAUGAUUGUCCCCAAUGGCCAACAAGAGCAGCUUGGGCCUGCACAGGACCCCAACGCGCCGACCAUCCCCCAGCAGGGCCAAAACCCCAUGCAGAUGUUUCCCCAGUUUCAGUAUCCGUCUUAUGGAUUUCCCCAGCUUCACAGGCAGCAGGGUUUCCCUUACUUCAUGCCCCCGUAUGGCUACCCCCAGCAGAGGAACACGGCUGUGCUGCAGCCGAACAAUGGCCAGCAGAACCUGGAAAAAACCACUCAGAGGCCACAGCUUCCUCUGCAGCAGGCCUCCAAGCCAAAGCCCCAGACAGAGCGGACAUGGCCACUCGAGACUCAAAAAGAAUCCACAACAAUUCCGCCUGAUCCUCGUGGUGAUGCAUCUGGCCCUGGGAUUGAUGAGGGUCAGUCCAACUUCCCCUUCCUGUUUGAGCCUUAG